AUGGUCCCCUGCUGGAACCACGGCAACAUCACCCGCUCCAAGGCCGAGGAGCUGCUCUCCAGGACGGGCAAGGACGGGAGCUUCCUCGUGCGCGCCAGCGAGUCCAUCUCCCGGGCGUACGCGCUGUGCGUGCUGUAUCGGAAUUGUGUUUACACUUACAGAAUUCUGCCCAAUGAAGAUGAUAAAUUCACUGUUCAGGCAUCAGAAGGUGUUCCCAUGAGAUUCUUCACUAAGCUGGACCAGCUCAUCGAGUUUUACAAGAAGGAAAACAUGGGGCUGGUGACCCAUCUGCAAUACCCUGUGCCACUGGAGGAGGAAGACGCAGGCGAUGACCCCGAGGAGGACACGGAAAGUGUCCUGUCUCCACCUGAGCUGCCACCGAGAAACGUCCCUGUAUCUACAGGGCCCUGUGAGGCCAAGGAGGUUCCUCCUCCAAUCGAGAAUCCCCGAGUGGCCGAGGUCAGCCGGCCGAGCCUGUCUGAGACCCUGUUUCAGCGACUGCACAGCAUGGACACCAGCGGGCUUCCAGAAGAGCAUCUUAAAGCCAUCCAAGAUUACUUAAGCACUCAGCUCACUCUGGACUCUGAAUUUGUGAAGUCAGGCUCCAGCAGUCUUCCUCACCUGAAGAAACUGACCGCACUGCUCUGCAAGGAGCUCCAUGGCGAAGUCGUUCGGACCCUCCCAUCCCUGGAGGCCCUGCAGAAGUUGUUUGACCAGCAGCUGUCCCCUGGCCUCCGUCCACGUCCUCAGGCGCCUGGUGAACCCAAUCCCAUCAACAUGGUGUCCAAGCUCAGCCAGCUGACGAGCCUGCUGUCCUCUAUUGAAGAUAAGGUCAAGGCCCUGCUGCAUGAGGGUCCCGAGUCCCCCCACCGGCGUUCCCUCAUCCCUCCAGUCACCUUUGAGGUGAAGGCAGAGUCCCUGGGGAUUCCUCAGAAAAUGCAGCUCAAAGUCGAUGUCGAGUCUGGGAAACUAAUCAUUAAGAAGUCCAAGGAUGGUUCUGAGGACAAGUUCUACAGCCACAAGAAAAUCUUGCAGCUCAUCAAGUCACAGAAGUUUCCUAACAAGUUGGUGAUUUUGGUGGAAACAGAGAAGGAGAAAAUACUGCGGAAGGAAUAUGUUUUUGCCGACUCCAAAAAGAGAGAAGGCUUCUGCCAGCUCCUGCAGCAGAUGAAGAACAAGCACUCGGAGCAGCCAGAACCCGACAUGAUCACCAUCUUCAUCGGCACCUGGAACAUGGGUAACGCCCCCCCUCCCAAGAAGAUCACGUCCUGGUUUCUCUCCAAGGGGCAGGGUAAGACACGGGACGACUCUGCCGACUACAUCCCACAUGACAUCUAUGUGAUCGGCACCCAGGAGGACCCCCUGGGAGAGAAGGAGUGGCUGGAGAUGCUCAAGCACUCCCUGCAAGAAAUCACCAGCAUGACUUUUAAAACAGUUGCCAUCCACACGCUCUGGAACAUCCGCAUCGUGGUGCUGGCCAAGCCGGAGCACGAGAACCGCAUCAGCCACGUCUGCACAGACAAUGUGAAGACGGGCAUCGCGAACACGCUGGGGAACAAGGGAGCUGUGGGGGUGUCAUUCAUGUUCAAUGGAACCUCCUUGGGAUUUGUUAACAGCCACCUGACUUCAGGAAGUGAAAAGAAACUCAGGCGAAACCAAAACUAUAUGAACAUUCUCCGGUUCCUGGCCCUGGGAGACAGGAAACUGAGUCCCUUUAAUGUCACUCACCGCUUCACCCACCUCUUCUGGCUUGGAGAUCUCAACUACCGCGUGGAGCUGCCCACCUGGGAGGCAGAAACCAUUAUCCAGAAAAUCAAGCAGCAACAAUACGCAGACCUCCUAUGCCACGACCAGCUGCUCAUGGAGAGGAAAGAGCAGAAGGUCUUCUUGCACUUUGAGGAGGAGGAAAUCACAUUUGCACCGACCUACCGUUUUGAAAGACUGACUCGGGAUAAAUACGCCUACACUAAGCAGAAAGCAACAGGGAUGAAGUACAACUUGCCCUCCUGGUGCGACCGAGUCCUCUGGAAGUCUUACCCCAUGGUGCACGUGGUGUGUCAGUCCUACGGCAGUACCAGUGACAUCAUGACGAGUGACCACAGCCCUGUCUUUGCCACGUUUGAGGCAGGAGUCACCUCCCAGUUUGUCUCCAAGAAUGGCCCUGGGACUACCGACAGCCAAGGGCAGAUCGAGUUUCUCAGGUGCUACGCCACACUGAAGACCAAGUCUCAGACCAAAUUCUACCUGGAGUUCCACUCGAGCUGCUUAGAGAGCUUUGUCAAGAGUCAGGAAGGAGAAAAUGAGGAAGGAAGCGAUGGAGAGCUGGUGGUGAAGUUUGGCGAGACCCUUCCGAAGCUGAAGCCCAUUAUCUCUGACCCUGAGUACUUGUUGGACCAGCACAUCCUAAUUAGCAUUAAGUCCUCUGACAGUGACGAAUCCUACGGCGAGGGCUGCAUUGCUCUCCGGUUGGAGGCCACGGAAACUCAGCUGCCCACCUACACGCCUCUCACCCACCACGGAGAGAUGACGGGCCACUUCCGGGGAGAGAUUAAGCUGCAGACCUCCCAAGGCAAGACGAGGGAAAAGCUCUAUGACUUUGUGAAGACUGAGCGGGAUGAGUCCAGCGGGCUGAAGUCCCUGAAGAGCCUCACCAGCCACGACUCCAUGAAGCAGUGGGAACCAGCCAGCAGGGCCCCUCCCUGCAGUGGCUCCGGCAUCACUGAAAUCAUCAACCCCAACUACAUGGGGGUGGGGCCCUUUGGGCAGCCGAUGCCCCUGCAUGUGAAGCAGACCCUGUCCCCUGACCAGCAGCCCACAGCCUGGAGCUAUGACCAGCCACCGAAGGACUCCUCCCUGGGGCCUGGAAGGGGAGAGGGUCCCCCCACACCUCCCUCGCAGCCACCCAUAUCACCGAAGAAGUUCUCAUCCUUGACAGCAAACUGGGGUCCCUGCCCUAGAACACAGGAGUCAAGGCCUGGUGACCUGGGGAAGAACACAGCCGAAGCUCUGCCUCUGGAGGACCUGCAGCUGACCAAACCAGAGAUGUUUGAGAACCCACUGUAUGGGUCCGUGAGUUCCUUCCCUAAGCCGGUGCCCAGGAAGGAGCAGGAAUCCCCCAAAAUGCUGCGGAAGGAGCCCCCACCCUGCCCGGAUCUAGGGACGGUGUCACCCAGCAUCUUGCUCACCAAAGCCCAGGAGGCUGAGAGCAAGGGGACAGGAAAGCAGGCCCUCACACCCUUCCUCAGCCCCACACCCCGGCUCCGCUCCUUCACCUGCUCAUCCUCCCCCGAGGGCAGGCUGGCCAGUGGGGACAAGAGCCAAGGGAAGCCCAAGGCCCCGGCCAGCUCCCAAGCCCCAGUGCCAGCUAAGAGGCCCAUCAAGCCUUCGAGGUCGGAAAUGACCCAGCAGACAACACCUGUCCCAACACCGCGGCCACCCCUGCCUGUCAAGAGCCCUGCAGUCCUGCACCUGCAGCACUCCAAGAGCCGCGACUACCGUGACAACACCGAGCUCCCCCACCACGGCAAGCACCGACCAGAAGAGGGACCACUUGGCAGGACCACCAUGCAGGCUGGGCCUCCUGCGCGGUUAGGAUGCCUCCCAGCGGUCGCCUCUCUGCUCCACGACGCUUCCGACCUCGGAGCAGACACCACUAACAAGCGUCCCAAGCGAGCGCCCCAGCGGUCGCGUGCGUGCGCACGGCGCAAGGCGUGGGGUGAGGAGGCGGGCCUUCCGGCCCACGCCAAAGCCAUUUCCGGCAGGAGCCGGAAGACCGGCCCAGAUGGCCUCGAGGGCGGGCAGUGCGUGGAGGUGAGCUCUGGGGCUGCCGGCCUUUCCGCGCCCCCUGGUCGCCUCAUGCUGCGGGCCGCGGCUGCCAGCCUCUGUUCCGAUUGGCGGCCCUGA